AUGUCUUUCUCCAAGAAUGUGAGCCCCCUGCUGCAGAAAACAUGUCCCACGUACGAGAGACGGCUCACCAUCCUCACUUCUAAGGAAAAUUCUGGGUGUUCUUCCGAGGCAGAUUUAUGUGCCCCUCUCGCAGCCUGUGGCCCAGUUAGUGGUUACUUGGACGAUUGCACCUGUGAUGUGGAAACCAUUGAUAGAUUUAAUAACUACAAGCUUUUCCCAAGACUACAACAACUUCUUGAAAGCGACUACUUUAGAUAUUAUAAGGUAAACUUGAAGAGGCCAUGUCCUUUCUGGAAUGAUAUCAACCAGUGUGGAAGAAGGGACUGUGCUGUCAAACCUUGCCAAUCAGAUGACGUUCCUGAUGGGAUUAAAUCUGCAAGCUACAAAUAUUCUGAAGAAGCCAACAAUCUUAUUGAAGAAUGUGAACAAGCUGAAAGGCUUGGAGCUGUGGAUGAAUCUCUGAGUGAAGAAACACAGAAGGCUGUUCUUCAGUGGACCAAGCAUGAUGAUUCCUCAGACAACUUCUGUGAAGCUGAUGAUAUACAAUCUCCUGAUGCUGAAUAUGUAGAUUUGCUCCUUAAUCCGGAGCGUUAUACAGGUUACAAGGGGCCAGACGCUUGGAAGAUAUGGAAUGUCAUCUAUGAAGAAAAUUGUUUCAAGCCACAGACAAUUAAAAGGCCUUUGAGUCCUUUAGCGUCUCGUCAAGGGAAAAGUGAAGAGAACACUUUUUACAAUUGGCUAGAAGGUCUCUGUGUGGAAAAAAGAGCAUUUUACAGACUCAUAUCUGGUCUACAUGCAAGCAUUAAUGUUCAUUUGAGUGCAAGAUAUCUCUUACAAGAUACAUGGCUGGAAAAGAAAUGGGGACACAACAUUACAGAAUUCCAACAGCGGUUUGAUGGGAUUUUGACUGAGGGAGAAGGACCAAGAAGGCUUAAGAACUUGUAUUUUCUCUAUUUAAUAGAAUUAAGGGCUUUAUCCAAAGUGCUGCCAUUCUUUGAGCGCCCAGAUUUUCAACUGUUCACUGGAAAUAAAGCUCAGGAUGCGGAAAACAAGAUGUUACUUCUAGAGAUACUUCAUGAAGUCAAAUCAUUUCCUUUGCAUUUUGAUGAGAAUUCAUUUUUUGCUGGGGAUAAAAAUGAAGCCAACAAACUAAAGGAGGACUUUCGCUUGCAUUUCAGAAACAUUUCCAGGAUCAUGGAUUGUGUUGGUUGUUUUAAAUGUCGACUCUGGGGAAAGCUUCAGACUCAGGGUUUGGGCACUGCUCUGAAGAUCUUGUUUUCUGAGAAAUUGAUAGCAAAUAUUCCAGAAAGUGGACCCAGUUAUGAAUUCCAUCUAACCAGACAAGAAAUAGUAUCAUUGUUUAAUGCAUUUGGAAGAAUUUCUACAAGUGUGAGAGAAUUAGAAAACUUCAGAAACUUGUUGCAAAAUAUUCAUUAAAGAAAACAAGGUAAAAUGUGCCUGUUUCUGGACAAUGGAGGCCAAAGAAUGGAAUUUCAUUCAAAAGCAUAAUAGCAAUGAUAGUCUUAAGCCAAACCUUUUAUAUAAAGCUGCAUUUGUAAGAGGAGAUCUAUAUUGUUUUAGAUAAUCACCUUUUGUAAUUGUGUUAAGUCUUUGUAUAAUAUCGUGAGUAAAAGUAACACUUUGAUAAUGUGGCUAAAAGUUUAAUGUUGAAUAAAAUCAGGAUUAUCAAAUUCAUAUUUGGUAAACUAAGUGAAAGCUAUGUUAAUUCUAAGUAGAAUUUUGUCAGAAGAUAUUAAUAAAACUGGCCCAUGUGACCAGUAUUUAAUAGGAAAGUGCUAGGGAGUCUCAUGAAAAACCCAUAAUUAAUAGUCUGGAAUUUUAAAACUACAUUCUGGGUGCCACAUGUUGCAUUUGAAGAAAAGAAUGAUAAGUUAAAUUGUAAUUUUAGAUAAACAUUGAGGAAGUGUUUAGUGUAAGUAAGUCCCAUGCAAUAUUUGAGAUAUACUUAUACUAAAAAAGUAUUCAUUUUUUAAAGUUGAAGUAAAAAUUUAACUGGGAGAACCUGUAGUUAUCUGGUAAUCCCAAGCAGUACAUUGGUAUGAAACACCUCACUCUUAAUAUUAUGUUACUGUCAAUAUUUUGAUCAAGCUGUUUUGGUGUGUCACAUACUUUAAUAACAAAAGCAAAUAAGUAAUUUCUAAACAAUGUGAAAAGUUUACUAGAUUUAUAUAUUUAUUCUCAUAAUAUAUUCCCUAAAACUGAAUAUAAUUUUGGAGGAACAUUUUAAUUUUAAUAUAAUUUCAAACUUUCAGAAAAGCUCUAAGAGUAGUACAAAGAUAAAUCUUUUACUUAGAUUCAUCACCUGUUCAUCUUUAUUGUGGUCUCUGUAUAAAAACACACACACACACACACACACACAUCUCCUCCCCACAGUUAUAAGUAUGCUUUCUCCUUGAGCCCUAAACACAUCAGUAUGUAAUACCAAGUAUGUAUUUUUAAAAUGAUAUUAAUAAAAAUACACAAAAAAGAAAAACAAACCUGGUACUAGGAUAACACUAGAUCUUAGAAUAAGGAACUAUUUGGAGUUCCAUUCUUCAAUUCUAUUUUGAGUUUUGCUGCUCUGUCUAUACUUGAUCUGUAUAGUAAUAGGGCAUUCAGGAUUUUAAAUAUAAAAAUUAUUAUUAUUAUGAGAUUCAUCACUUUGGUCUCCUUAAAACUACACUGUAAUGUUGGUUUUCUAGUGAUAGCUCUUCAGUGAUAAAAUAUUUGAGGACAUUUAGGAAUUCAUAUCACAUGGAAAUUGUAGGGAAAAGGAAAUUGUAUACCUCAAAAUAUGUACCCUCUUUUUGUAUGUCUUAGAAGGUAUCCCAUGUUGAGAUGUCACAUUAUUAAUAGAGCAGGGGUUAUUUAUAUAAAGGUUUAGAAAAUGCCACUUUAUUCUGCUGUAAACUUUUCCCUGCCAGGUGCCCCCAGGGUCUAGUAUAAUUUCAAGCACAUUGUGGGUAUACGGUAAAUUUUGUCACUGAAUGUAUGAAUAUGUAUCCAGUAUUUGAAAUGAAUGCUCAAAGAGCAAAAUUUAACAAUGUGUCCCACUUUUCUUUCCCAUUUUACCUUCUUUGAAUACAACAGGAGAAGAGAGACAUUAGCCCACCUAGUCAAUCCUCUUGGAGACCCAGAGGACUGUGGCAUACCACCAAAUGUAAAUGUUUGAGGAUAUUUGUAGGACUCUGAGGUAGAUGAGUUCAAAUUGUAAUUUUGUCUGUACACUUUGCAAGCCUUCAUUUUAUUUUCUCAGGAACCAAGCUCUUUGAAAGAAUAUUUCUACCUUCAUUUUUUCACUUUCUGCUUGGUCCUUAACUAAAAUCUGGCUUCUGUUCCCAAAGUUCUUAUGAAUCCCUUCCUGUAGUGUAAAGCCUAAAAUCCUUAUUCUAAAUCCACAGAUAGGUUCAUUUUGCCAUUUUUUGUUUCUGCAUAUUGUUCACAACUCUCUCUCCAAGUUCUUUAUUCCUUUACUUUGCUGCCCCAUCUGUGCUUGAUCUGAAUAGUAAUAGGGCAUAUUUACAGUUUGUGUGUGUUUCAAUGAGAUUCAUCACUUUGGCCUAAGACUGCACUGUAAUGUUGCAAGGUUUUCAUUUAACUUAUUCCUGUUUCUUUUCUUUUCAAACCAUUUUCAUUUAUUUUUUAAAUGUAAUUUUCAGGCUUCCAUCCUUGCUGUUCUCUUUAGUAAUCCCAAUCUGAUAACUUCUAAAUUGUUUCUUUAGCCCAGACUUCUCAAUCUCAUCCACCUACUGCUUCUCUUCACUUGGCUGUUCUACAGAAACCAUUCUCCCCCACACCUGGUGUGUUUAUGUUCCUUACUUUGGUUAAUUUCAGGACCCUUAUCUUCUAAAUUUAUUAAACUCACUCCAUCCUCUCCGAAAUACCACCAUCUCUCCAUUUUCAUUGCUCUUUUCUGAAUCGCUACACUUAGUUGUCUUCUUAUACCCGACUAUCUCUUCUUUGUUGUGCCCGGAUGUGACCAGAGUGGGCUUUCUGGAAGUAUGCUAACAAUGUUACUCCCUGCUUAAUACUCGUCAGUGACAUGCUCAUGCACCUUUGCAUAGUGCACCCAAAAUUCUGUUUACCCCAACAAUGCUCCGAAAGAACACUCGGUUCUCCAAAUGCACCAGAGUGCAUUCUGUCUUCUUUGCUUCAAGUGAACUAGUCUUCCUUCCCCCUGUGGAAGAUUGCUUUCCUGCAGAUCCAGAUUUAUCAUAUCUGUUGAAAGCUCUCUUGCUCCAUUUAAGGAGAGUCGUCUGAUUUCCUCUUUUGUGCCACCACUGUAAUUAGAACCUACCUCUAUUGUAUGACUUAUUAUUGUACUGUAUAAUUUUCAUUUUUUUUUACAGCCUCCUGUACUAGAAUGUGAGCUCCUUAAGAGCAGGAACAAGAACUUUACUCAUUUUUACAUCUCCUUAGCAUAGCUUUUGGCACAUGAACAGUUAAUAAAUAUCUGUUGAAUAAAUUGCUUUUAAAGCGACAAUUUUAUUAGUCACACCUUCAUUCAGAUAUUCUUUACAGCAAGAGUCAGUAGACUCCCAGGGAACUGUGGGCUUUAUAAGAUCAAUAAAGCUUCUGAAAUUGUA